UUCUCUGUCUCUUCCUCUCGUUCUUCUACUCUGAUCAUCAUAAUAAUGGGGAACACAUCUUCUUGCGCACCAUUGAUCAUAUCAUCACACUCAUCCUCUGGAGUAGUCAAAAUCUUGGCUCCGUUAACGGGAACUCUCGACGUUUUCUCAAAACCCAUCAAAACCUCCGACAUCGUCUCUCGAAACCCUGGCCACUUUAUCACCGACUCAACUCUACUCCAAAUCGGCCAACGAGUCACCGCCGUGUCUCCUGACGAUUUUUUACGGCCGAGACGACAUCUCUACCUCCUCCUCCCGACCGACAUGCUCUUCUCUGUCUUAACACACGAAGAACUCGCUCUCAUCUCCGACAAAGCCGCGGAGACACUCAACGAAAGCCGGUAUAACCAUUUGAAAAGAAUAUUCCCGGUUUGCAUCUUUCCGGUGACCGGAGAUAGAAGAAGAAACUCAUCAUCAGUUGAUGAUGAUCAAGAUGAUCACGGUGGUGUGGAAAUAAGACAAACCCUAGAAGAGAAGGUGCUAUACGAAUCGAAACAUGGAUCUUGGAGGCCUAAAUUGGAGACGAUCGUGGAAAGCUAAAUGCCUAAUAUCUCAAGGAUCGUUAAAUACUUCACAUAAAUCAAAUUUUUAAUCAUAGACGAGAGUAUUUUGUUCUUUUUUUUUUUUUCUUGAUUUUUUUGUCCGAGGCUGUGGUUUUGUUCACCAUUUGAAUUUCCGUCUAGAUUAGUGAUUCAAUUUGUAAUUAAGUUUUGAUCAAUAUAUAUAUAGUGGACAUCCUAUCGGGAGGAGGAUAACUAGUUCAUUUGCCGUCGUUUUAAUUGCAUUUACCACAAAUAAAUCCAUAACUAACAGAAUUAGGAUUAUCAAUUAGUUUUACGGUAUUCAGUUGUGAAAAGCCUAUCAACUAUACGUUUUAUAUGAGCAUUGUAAUUCACUAAUUUGUAAAUUAGACUCUCUCCAGUUUUUUUUUUGUCUUUCUAGAGUUUUGCACA